AUAUAUGGACAGUGUACUCAACUUGAAGACAAGUUCCACUUUAUUUCCCUCCAUUAUUUCCACACCAAAACCAAAAGCCAAAGAUGGUUUUGUGGAGCCAAUUGGUCAUCUCAAGUACUCUGCUUCUCCAAUUGGUUAGCGUUAUAUCUCUGUUGUUACACACUGCUGCAAGAGCAGAGCUUGUAGUACAAAAUGUUAGUGGUCUUAGUUGGAAAAGCAAAGGAGUAGUAAGCAGUAGCAGGUGCAACUUGUUUCAAGGUAGAUGGGUUAUUGACCCUUCUUUUCCUCUCUAUGAUUCCUCAACUUGCCCUUUCAUUGACCCUGAAUUUGAUUGCCAAAAAUAUGGCCGCCCUGAUAAACAAUACAUGAAAUAUUCUUGGAAACCUGAUUCUUGCAACUUACCCAGGUUUAAUGGAAAAGAUUUCUUGAAGAGAUGGACAGGAAAGAAGAUAAUGUUUAUAGGUGAUUCGUUGAGUUUGAACAUGUGGGAAUCACUAGCUUGUAUGCUACAUGCGUCGGUGCCCAAUGCCAAGACUUCUUUUGCUAGGAGAGAGACACUUUCUUCUGUGACCUUUCAGGAUUAUGGAGUUACUUUAUUCCUCUAUCGAACUACUUACCUUGUGGAUAUAGUAAGAGAGAAAAUUGGAAGGGUAUUGAAAUUGGAUUCUAUUCAACAAGGUGAUGCUUGGAAAGGAAUGGAUAUGCUAAUUUUCAAUUCUUGGCAUUGGUGGACUCACAAGGGCAACUCUCAACCAUGGGAUUAUGUGCAAGAUGGUUCAAAGGUAACCAAAGAUAUGGACCGUUUGAUGGCAUUUUACAAGGGUCUAACUACUUGGGGAAGAUGGGUUGACCAAAAUGUUGACUCCUCCAAGACCAAAGUCUUCUUCCAGGGCAUUUCUCCAACUCAUUAUAUGGGUACAGAAUGGGGAGGAUCAACAAAGAAUUGCAACUCCGAGCAAAUGCCAUUAGCAGGGUCAACAUAUCCAGCAGGGACACCAGCAUCUGCUGUUGUAGUUAACAAAGUAUUAAAUAGGAUGAAAACACCAGUUUACCUCCUCGAUAUCACGUUUCUCUCCCAGUUAAGGAAAGAUGCUCAUCCAUCAGUUUACAGCGGCGAUCACCCUGGUGUUGAUUGCAGCCAUUGGUGUCUCCCCGGACUACCUGAUACUUGGAACCAGCUUCUCUACGCAGCUCUGAUUAUGUGAGGAUGAACUAUGAAGAACCUCAUAAAAUUUAUCCUUUUAAUCUUCCUUUCCACUUAUAAAGUGAAAAUUAACUGUACAUUUGUGGAGGUAUUUGAAGACCAUCGGCUGAAAACAGCGAGCAAUCAGGUGCACGUGGCAAUCAUUGGCGCAGUCCUGGACUUCUUAAUAAUUGGAGCCAGCUUCUUUGUGCAGCAAUUCUUCUCUGAAGAUGAAGAAUUCAAAUUAUUUUUUAUUGCCCAUAGUUUGUUUCUUUUCAUAGGUAUUGGUCUGCGUAUUAUUGGGGCCUAGGCUCCACUGUGAAAAAAUUUGAUUCAAGGAUAUACAAUAGCUUUUAGAUGUAAUAAGAACUAUGAUUGGGGAGUAGGGGUGCACAGGAGUGCUGAUAAUUUCCAGCUACUAGCUUGAAGUUUCUUUUCAUUUUAUUAAACAAUUAUGAAUAAAAGCAGAUUUUCUCUGCUUAUUUCUGGAUUUAA